UAAGAACACGCCUCCCUCACUCACAAAAUUCUUAAAGCCUUAACUCAUCAGACCCCCAAUUCUAAAAGAAAAAUAAAAAAACCUAAACCCUUUCUUACCGUAUUGACUCUCCCAUGCACCACCUCAUAACGUAAUAAAAGCCUCUUUCACACGCCAUUUCCUCCCAUUUUCUUCCAACUCGAUCUCCUCCACUCCGCUCCACCCAAAAAACCAAACUGAUCACACAGACACUCAAAUAAUGAUGCACUGCUUCAAGAUUCUCAGCUUGUUCCUUGUUGCUGUGGCCCUUUUAGGAGGAGGAGCUUCCGUCCACGCCCAAGACGGCGGAGAUAAGUGCGGUGCAUGCACCACUCCAAGCCCCCCGCCGCCGUCUCCUCCUCCGCCAUCACCGUCUCCUCCUCCACCGGCGCUUCCACCACCAACACCGGUUCAUCCCCCUCCUUCCCCCAAGAAGCCUCCACCGUCCACUCCGUACUGCCCUCCGCCACCGUCGUCGUUGGUUUACAUCACCGGUCCUCCCGGGGAGCUGUACCCUGUUGAUCAUUACUUUAAUGGUGCUGAUGGAGUGAGGAGCUCGGUCGGGUUACCGGUUCUGCUCGGACUCGGAUUGCUGGGUGUUCUGGCGUUUUGGUGAACAGGUCGGACUUGAUUAAUUGGUGGAUUAUAGUACGUUAAGAUUCAGAUGAUAAGGGACAUAGAAUUGUAUUGUUUUUUUGGUAGUCUGAGGGAAUUAAAGGGCCCGAGGGUUGAUAAUUGUUGCUCCAUCUCCAUAUCCAUCUCACUUGUGUAUUAUUAAUCUUCAAUAACAAACAAUCUUUCAGUUUCAAUUCUAUUAUCAA